GCUUGUCCGCUCCCCCCACCGUCAGCUAUAAAAUCCGGGCUCCCCUUCCUCGUCGACCAGUGACGGCGACCAUGGCGAAGAAGGCAGCAAACGGCAAGGCCCCUACGACGGCAUCCCAGGACUCUGGCGCGGACGCGCGCCCGCCCUUGGGCCGCUAUGUGUACCUCGUGAUCGCGUACUUUGCGCUCGCGUUCUUCUGGCAAGUGGGCAAGGUGCUCGACGGGAUCAAGGACCGGUGGUAUGUCUUCGACCCCGAGAGCCUGCACCAGGUCUCGCAGGCCGCCGUCGCGACGCACCCGGGCGACAUGCCCGCGAUCGUCGACUACAUCUACGCGAACCUCUCCGCGACGUACUCCCCCUCGCAGAUCCGCCUGAACCCCAACUCGUCCGAGUGGAUGUUCAACAACGCGGGCGGCGCCAUGGGCGCGAUGUACCUCAUCCACGCGAGUAUCACCGAGUACCUCAUCAUCUUCGGCACGCCGCUGGGCACGGAGGGGCACUCGGGGGUGCACACGGCGGACGACUACUUCAACAUCCUGGUUGGGGAGCAGUGGGCGUUCCGUCCGGGCUCGUAUGAGAGGGAGGUAUACAAGCCGGGUGAUGUGCACCUCAUGCCGCGCGGUGUCGUGAAGCAGUACAAGAUGCACGAAGGCGGCUUUGCGCUCGAGUACGCUCGUGGCUGGAUCCCGCCAAUGCUGCCCUUCGGGUACGCCGACACAUUCUUCUCGACGUUGGACUUCGGCACCUUGUGGACGACGACCUAUGUCACUGGCCGCGAGAUGAUCGGCAACCUCCUCAUCGGUAAAAUAUAGUAUGCAUAGCUACUUAUUGUACACCGUGCGUACAUAAUGCGGACAGUGUGUCCUACUCCCUCGUUCUCGUAAACCCGCGUGUGAAGUUCGUCGUAAGCGUGGGAA